GAUAUCCACAUCGUAUGUCGAGCUGGAUAAGCUAUGUCGCGUAAGGAUUAAAUUAACCUUUGGAUUAUCGCAGGAUUAAGAGGGAUUAAAUGCUUCAUUGAGGAGAAAUGGAUAGAGAUGUUACCUCAAAAAAUAAGAGCCCCGAUGACAAUGAGGUGAUAUGUAGAGUUUAUGAGAUAUCAAUCGUUUCACAAUGAAGGAAGCGAUUGAAGUAGAAUGGACUACAGCCAGAGCUUAAACCAGCGCAUUUCACAACUCCUUCUACUAGUUACAGCUAUGUGUCUCUCAGGAAUCCGAUGUCAAACGUAUAGGAAAGCAGAAAUAGUCUUCCCAAGCGGCAGCACGGCUCGUAACGGUACGUUGUUCAAAAUCGAGUGUGAUUUCACGCCGAACGUCUUCCCCAAGGUCGUCAUCUUCCAGGCCAGGGACAAGAACGGAAACCCCUCAGUCGUGUUUUCCUACAUCACACAGAAGAAUGGCACAGUGGAGCAGAAGACGGCGGAUAGCAUGAAGGGUAGGGCGACACUGACGGCGACAAGGCAGAAGUUUCUGCUCGAGAUCAACCCCGUGUUGCUGCAAGAUGAGGGGAAUUAUGGCUGCAGGGUGUUCAGGGACUACUCCGAUCAGAUCGUCGCUUACCCGAAAAGACUCAAUAUAAACGCUAUUCCAUCCACUCCAAUCCUACGAAUCGCUGGCUCGGGAACUGCGCGCCUUGGGCUAAAUAUCCGACUCGUCUGCACAGCAAACAUGGGGAGACCUGCCGGGAAACUCCACUGGUCAAGGAAAUACAGACAGGACGGUGCCUUCCAGAAAAUCUCCGGUAGUGGUGUAUCCGCAACUCAUAUAAACGGGACCAUUAUAGAAAUGGAAGACUUUGUUGUGAACCAUUUGAGGGAAGCAGACGAUCUGUCUAUUUAUAGAUGCCAGGCCUACAACAGCGAGCUGAUGUCGGAUGAGGAGUGGCCGGCUGCAUCCCUCACAUUACGCGUAACCUAUCCAGUUAGGGACAUCUCCAUUUUUCCCAUCAGAGAAGAGUAUAAGGCGGGUGACGUCAUUCGUUGUGGGGCAUUGGGGAACCCCGAUCCAGAGAUUAGUUGGACAAAACACAAUGGUACGGGGGAUUUACUCGCCAAGGACGGGAGCUUGAGGGUCGAGGAAAGGUCUGUCGGUGGUCCCUACUCCUAUACGUGCACUGCAACAAAUUACGUUGAUCAUUAUCCACAUUCGGUGAAGAAGUCGAUCGAUUUCAUCGUCAGAGGAUCUCCAGUGGUGCCCUCUGCAGUAAAAUUCACUGACGUCACUGCCGUUUCGAUAGCAAUUUCCUGGACCUCCAGUUACAAUGGCGGAGAAAAUCAAACAUUUUCCAUAAUGUGCAAACGUAUAGGCCAAGAUUGGCCAGAUGGUGACACCUUUUAUAACAUUUCUGACCCUGGCGAGGGCGAAACCAGUGUAUUUCGGAUUUUAAAUCUCCGGCCACAGACCAUUUAUCAAUGUCGCGUUCGGGCGUGUAAUCCGUUGUGUACACGUUAUACGGAUUAUGUAUCUAUCGCAACGAAAGCGGCUCCACACAUCAACGUAGAAGACAUCCAGACGAUUCGUGCCGGAGAAUUAGUCACCAUUAGGUGGAAGCAGACCAAUACCCGUGGCGCCUCCUAUAAGAUAAAAUACUGCCUCGGUUUACCUGACAACUGUUUCUACCAUUUUGUCGCUGAUCACUCUGCCACAUCGACGGCCAUCUUGGUUGGCAAAGUGGAGAAUGUUACCGUGUACCUGCACGUUUUGGUUGAGGGGGAGGUUCUCUAUACGUCACCAGCGAUAACGGUCAAAGAGCCAGUUGUCGAGGUAUCCACCGCUGACAACUCAACGAGCCCGCUUACGGCGACUGCAGAGGGAGUGAAAGUUGUCAACGCUAACACCGGUAUUAUCGUAGCUACAGUCGUCGCCUUCUUCGCCAUGAUAUCGAUAGGUGUCGCUGUGGUUUGGUUUCUUCCGAAGUCAAUGCGCAACAAGAUGUUGGCGAGGCUGCGGCACAUGCGCAGAAGAGACCAGGGGAGGGGACCACCACACGUCAUCACCGUCAACUGUACGUCUGAGAGGCCAAUUCCCACAAUGCCCGCCAGCACAACCGUUAGCGACCACGGUGACGGCGACCGGAGCACAUUAGAAAUGGAACCCAGAGCGCCACACAUCGGCAGAAAUGAUCACCACAUCCCACUCCCUCCAUAUGACCUUCCGUCGAAAAACAUAGGUGGUUUGAAGGACUGGAGAACCAGUGGCGAGCUGCAGUCGAAGAGUGAGGUGGACUCUUUGAUGGGGAGUGAUGAGCACGAGGAGACGGAGCCAUGACUAAGGCUACACAGGCCCCUGCGGCCUGAGAGGACAACCAGCGUCUACACCGAGUGGUGGAAAAAGACCGGGCCCGAGUCGUGUUCGAAUUUCUCGGCCUCGGGAUAUUCCGAGACGCAAUGCUGACGUCACCAGACUCUCUGCGGAGAAGGCAGAGAAUUGGUGGAAAUGGGACAGUUUCCGUUACGAGGCCGGAUGGAGUUGCUGAUAUUGAGAAAGAAUACGCCGCAAGCGCCCUCUAUGCAUAGUAAGGGAAGUGAAUGCAUUGUAUGAUGUUGCUCAUGGUGGGGCGAGUAUUCAGUAAGUUGUAAGGUUGAGAUGUCUGGGCGUCUAGUUGCGAUGUGCUCCUUAAUGCCAAGGGAACUCUGCAGUGUUCAGUGAACACUGUAUCAAGGGGAGUAUUACCAACGUUACACCGGUCAAAGUAGUUCGGUGGCGAAGUGAAUUUUCUAUUAAAGGUCAUUUCUGGUUGGUGUGUCUGCCGCCAAAACCACUUUUAUCUUCAAACUGAUAUAGAGAACUGCAAUGACGCUGAAUAAUAAUGGUGUACUACCUGACGGCUAACAUGCCGAUCUACCAUCGUUGUGCUUGUGGAGACUCUGGGAUUGACAUUCACUGCGCAUGGACGGCCAAUAAAGGAACUAAUCUGCUGAGUUUCGGUACAGUACAUGUGCGAGAGGUGGCGCUCGGGCAGUGGCAUGAGGAGCAUAGUUUCUGCAGGGAGUAAUUCAGGCAAUAUAGUCCAACUUCAGAAUACGGUACUGCAAAUGAUGUGACUGCAUGGUGAUAGUAUUGCAUUAUCGAAUGAUAGUCUGCGGGGUAUGGUAUUUCGGCGGCAGUGGGAAUUGAAUGCAGGGCAUCCGCUGAGCAAUUGCACGAGUGCAUAUGUGUCGAUAUUGUGGCUACCCUAGUGCAGAUACGUGGUUGCAUAGGUGAAGAUACGUGGUUGCACAGAGCAAUUACGCGGGUUUGAGCAAAAUUCUUUACUAAAUUAACUGGGUAACUUAACUGUUUACUAUUAAUGCAGUCAUUGAUGUAAAUACGAAAGAUUCUGUCGACCUGUGCGUAGUCUUUUGUCGUCUCCCAACCCGCGUUGCGUUCAUAAUCAGGAUAGGUGGAAUCGGGUUGAUUGUGAACUUAACUUCAAACCUUAUAGGUAAGGACCACGUGUAUUACUUGGGGACGGGGUCGGGGACAACUUGCCAAGGUUGAACUAAACAGUUUGAAAUACUUAGCAAUACUCCUUCCCGUUACUCCUUUAAGGAUAUUUCCAGAUGGUGCAUCCGGUUGCGCAUGCGCAUGAAUGAGUAUCCUUUGGUUGCAGCUUGGUAACUUAGCAACAUACCUGCAUAACCGGAUGCAAAAUCUGGAAGAAUUAGUUUCGACUUGUGCCGACCAUGGUAUACUGUUGAUUCAAAUGCCUUAAAGGAAUAUUCUAAAUCGCUUCUGGUAGAUAGUUUCUGGUCACAAGAUGUCAACACUUUCGGGGGCUUCCUGACCAUACUCUUACCUUGUGGGCGUUCCAUAUAUUUCUCCAGUCCUCUAUGCCAAAGUAUCUAUUCAAAUGAACGUCGAGGCGUUAUGUGCAUUUCGAUCACGAUGUGUUUGCCUUUGUGCUCUCGUGUACGUUUGCGUUUACGUUGCAUAAUUUUGAAAUCUCAACCUCUCUAUUUUCUCGGGCUUCUUUACGAAUCUAGUCGAUCGGUAUCAAUUAGCUUUACAAACUCAUAACUAGAACCAUUUUCUACUCUGUAUAUAUAUCUAUGGACUGUCUAAAUCGCCUACAGGCCCUAUAGAGAAUUAGACAACGACACUAGCGACGCCUAUACGCGUCAUUUGUAACUGAUGAUUAGGACGUUCUCGCAUGAUUUGAUUACGAAACGCUGGCCAUUCUCCAGAGAUGUAUUUCUGCUUUUACGCCGUAACCUUCAUAGUUAAUGCUUAAGAGACGCGAUCGCUGCGCGAAACGAAUACUAUUAGACUUUUUCCUACAUAUUUUGUAAAAAAACUGUAAAUAUUAUCAAGAAUAAAUUAUAAGUUACCUUUU